AUGAUAUUAUCAAAUAUUUUUCAAUUAAAAGUAUUCGCGCGAACUUCCCCCACACAAAAACUACAAAUAGUAGAGGCUUGCCAAAGACAGGGAGGCGUGGUGGCGGUCACGGGCGACGGCGUGAAUGAUGCACCAGCUCUCAGACGUGCGGACAUUGGGAUAUCUAUGGGAAUAACUGGUUCACAAGUAUCAAAACAAACCGCUGAUAUAAUAUUGAUGGACGACAAUUUCUCCACUAUAGUUGUUGGAAUAGAGGAAGGACGAAAAAUAUUUGAUAACUUGAAAAAAUCCGUUUGUUACAUCCUCAUUUCCAAUGUUCCUGAAAUUAUACCAGUUAUAAUGUUUUUCGUGUUUUCAAUACCAUUACCUCUAGGAGUCAUGACGAUACUAUGUGUAGAUUUAGGUACAGAUAUGUGGCCAGCGGUAUCUUUAUCCCAUGAGGUUGCAGAGCAAGACGUAAUGGCCAGACCUCCUCGCUGCUCGGAAUCACUCGUGUCACUGCGCAUGUUGAGACUAGCGUAUGGCCACCUCGGCCUAGUAGAGGUCGCAGCUGGCAUGUAUGCCUACUUCAUAGUUAUGGCAGAACAUGGGUUCUAUCCUCCCCAAUUAUUUGGUAUAAGGGAGCAAUGGGAUAACGAAGCAGUAAGUGACGUAGAAGAUUCUCUAGGCCAAGAAUGGACGUAUGCGGAACGGAAGGAGCUCGAGCGCGCCUGUCAAGCUGCGUACUUCACGGCUAUUGUCGUCACGCAGAUGAUGAAUGGUGUCAUUUGUAAAACGAGAUUCAAUUCCCUGUUUCAUGUCGGUACGAUUCUUAAAAAAACCUUAAUCAAAAAU